UUGUACUCACACGGGAAAUGUUAGCAUGGUCCUGACUAAUAAUGUAUAGUGCCAGCACAGGAUGGUUUCUGUCCGGAUAUUUUCUAAGUGACAAACACUGCCUUUCAGUAACAACUCAUUCCCAGAAAUGCCAGUUCUCGCUUAACCAGCAGUCAUGAAGAGGAGCGAUUGUCAUUCAUUAAAAACACUGCAGCACCCCCUACUUCUUCGAAGACCCUUGCCUCCAAAGCUCCCUAAGUUGCCCUUAUCUAAGAAGAAAGUUCGAACAGCUACUGCUAAAGAACUUGAGCAGUCCCAUAUACGAUUAUCUGGGGAUGAAAGGGUAUCAGUAAAAAACGAGGAAGAUGUUGCUCAGUCACAAAGGCCUAUCAGUAUUCAAAGCAUCUCUUUGGAUCAUGCCCACAAGACACGUGAAAGAGUGGUUAACAUUUUACCACCACGCGGGCGCAGAUCUCAACCCAUCAUCCACUGGAAGAUUCCUCAUAGUGCUGCUGGUUCCAUGUUUAUUCCAAGUUGUCUGUCUGCAUCUUCUCGAGUUUUUAGGAAAAAACUACGCCAAAUUAGAAGAGCCAGAAGGUUCAAGAAAAAGAAACACAAAAGAGAUACAUUUUUCAUGAAUAAGCCAUUUUGCAACAUUUUAAUUCUCUCCAACCAGUUUGUGAAACCUUUACCCCCUUCUUACUCUAGGCUGAUAACUUCUAGAUUUAAGACACCAAGUGCUGAGUCUCGCCGUGUACCAAAGACUCCAGACUAUACUCAGGAACUUCCUCUUUUGAGAGAUGUAGGCGAAGCACCACUCAGCCCGAUACCCAGUACUUUAUCUAUAAUACCAGAGCCACAGUGGUCUGAACGACCACCACGUCCCAGCCUCCCCCUAAAUAAAGUGACACUGAACAUUGCUACUCUGCCGGCAACUCAUACUCUGCCAAUGCCUGUUUUACCAAGAAAACCUCCAAGACAGAUUGCAAUCGAAAAUGCUGUAGAAAGUGGAAAGUUGGAAACGCCCAAACCAUCUGAUGUUUUAAUUAAAACUAUGAGAAAAGUGGACCCAGAGGCUCAUGUUUUACGAGGGGAAGGUUUUAAGACUAUUGCAGCAACACGCUAUGAAACAAUAAUGGCAAUGACCACCCUGGCCAUAAUAAACUGCCAAAUAUAUGGAAGGAACGCACUUAGUCUUAAGGGAUUCUUUCUUCUGCAUUGUCCAGACUUAACACCUGUGGCUUUUCAAUUGAUAUACCUUAAUUUAUCAUUUAAUGACCUCAACCACUUUCCUGUAGACAUACUUUGUCUUCAAAAUCUACAAGUACUGAAACUGAGAAAUAACCCUAUCAGAGAAAUUCCUAAUGAAAUUAAAAAAUUGAAGUAUCUCAGGAGUUUCUGCAUUGCCUUUAAUCUCAUCAGAGAUCUUCCUCCUGGGUUAUUUCUCCUGCAUUAUCUUGAGGAACUUGAUGUUUCCUACAAUGAAAUUCAUAAUAUUCCAAAUGAAAUCCAGAAACUCAGGUCACUUGACAAACUGAAUGUGGACGGGAAUUACAUGACUUCUUUUCCACCUGGGAUUUUAAGGCUUAAUAUGACCAAACUCCAGUUUGAAAAUACGUUCACUAAUUCUCAUUUUUGGAUUGAGUAUUGCUGGAACAACCCCCAACGACUAACUCAAAUUUGUUCUUUGUUCAUUGUCAAAAAUAAUCUACAUAAAAUUUAUGAUUUCAUCCCCAAAAAAGUUAAAAGGUUUCUAAGAAGCACAUCUCGAUGUGACUGGUGUCAUGGUCCCAAGUUUGGUGAAGGUUUUCGCAUCAUCCGAUCCUGUGAUAUGUUUGGAGCAUCACAGAUUCCUAUCAUGUUCCAUGUCUGCUCCCCUCCAUGCUAUCUGGAGAUCAGGGAAAGCAGUUUUGUUUUAGAAGGUUUUCCUAGUAGAAGGAUAGCCCUAAAUAUGGACUGGGUGAAAGAAAGGAGAGUGAGUGAUGUAUCCUUUUAUUUGUAAAGUCCACAGACAUUUACGUAGGAGUGGCUCGUCUCUUG